UCCGACGGCGGCGACGCUCUGAGCGAGCAGAGCGGUGCGCCCCCGCCCUCCACGCUGGUGCAGGGCCCCCAGGGGAAGCCGGGCCGCACCGGCAAGCCGGGCCCCCCCGGGCCUCCAGGGGACCGGGGUCCUCCGGGUCCUGUGGGACCGCCCGGAGAGAAGGGUGAGCCAGGCAAGCCUGGCCCUCCUGGCCUGCCGGGUUCAGGAGGCAGCGGCGCCAUCAGCACGGCCACCUAUACCACGGUGCCACGCGUGGCCUUCUACGCCGGCCUCAAGAACCCUCAUGAGGGUUACGAGGUGCUCAAGUUUGACGACGUGGUCACCAACCUAGGCAACAACUACGAUGCGGCCAGCGGCAAGUUUACAUGCAACAUUCCUGGCACCUACUUUUUCACCUACCACGUCCUCAUGCGCGGCGGCGACGGCACCAGUAUGUGGGCGGACCUCUGCAAGAACGGCCAGGUACGGGCCAGCGCCAUUGCCCAGGAUGCAGACCAGAACUACGACUACGCCAGCAACAGCGUGAUCCUGCACCUGGACGCAGGCGAUGAGGUCUUCAUCAAGCUGGAUGGAGGCAAAGCGCACGGGGGCAACAGCAACAAAUACAGCACUUUCUCUGGCUUCAUCAUCUAUUCAGACUGAGCCCCCGCACCCCUUUCCAUCCGUGGCUCUUCAUCCCUGGGGCUCCCCUCUAGGGAGAGGCAAACAAGAACCCAUUCCCUACUCAUUUUCAAAUUGCCUGGCCCAGGCUGCCGACUCUCCCAGGCUGAAUCGCCCCUAGCCCGCCUCCACCACCUAGUCCAGGCCUUUACUUCUUGGAGCGCAAAGCUCCCCGUUCCCCCCCACCCCUCCCCACCCGCACGCAGUUCCGGCCGGGGUGGCAGGUUGCCUUCCUGGUCCCAGCCUGCACUGUAUAUGUGUACAAUAGGACUGUUUACUGCCCACCCCCUCCUGCCAGCCAGCCCCAGUCUGGGGGCGGGGGCGGGGAGUUGGCGCGGUUGCUUCCUGAGGGGUGACCCCCCCCACCUGGGGGAGGAGCGGGUUAGGGGCUGGAUAACAUCCCAGCACCCACAAAACCCUGGAACAGCUGCAACUGGUCUGACCAAAGCUAUAAUAAAAAACAUUUCCACCCCGUGGGGCUUUCA